AUGCAGAGCCCUCUUGCGCCAAAGAUGCAAUGGAUCGAACCAUCUACAAUGCCACUGAUCCCAACAUUCCGCAUCAUGAAUGAAGAAUGCGUCGUGGAGGACGAAAGCAUGGUCUCCCCGGAGGUCACGCCUGAGAAAGUCUUGGGAUGGUACAAGAACAUGCUCACUGGUGAGUCGGUUGGAGAACUUUACUUGGGAUCGGCCAGGACAGCUCUGACCAGUCUUCGCUUAGUCCACAUCAUGGACGGUAUUAUGUUCGAGGCUCAGCGACAUGGACGCGUUAGCUUCUACAUGGUGUCCCACGGAGAAGAAGCAGUAAUGGUCGGGUCGGCAGCUGCCCUGGCUCCCGAGGAUGUCAUUACGACUCAGUACCGCGAGCACGGUGUCUUUCUACAGAGAGGCUUCGAGGUGAAGGACUUUAUGAGCCAGCUGACAGCAAACAAGAACGACCCCGGCAAGGGUCGCAAUAUGCCAGUACAUUACAGCGGCAAGAGCAAGGUCAACAUUCAUGCUGUGGCCAGUACCUUGGGAACCCAAAUCCCGCAUGCCACGGGCGCGGCCUAUGCUUUGAAGAUGCUGGCGCUUGAAGACGCCGGGAAAGCACCGGCGGUGGCGGUGGCCUACUUUGGAGAAGGCGCGGCGAGCGAAGGCGACUUCCAUGGCGCAUUGAACGUUGCCGCCACCAGGGACUGCCCUGUGAUCUUCAUGUGCCGAAACAACGGGUUUGCCAUAUCAACCCCCGCUUCCCAACAAUACCGAGGCGACGGCAUCGCCAGCCGCGCUAUUGGCUACGGCAUCGAGGCGCUGCGUGUUGACGGAACAGACGUCCUUGCGGUGUACGAGGCGACAAAGGAAGCGCGACGGCGUGCGCUCGAGGACGGCGGCAGGCCGAUCUUGCUCGAGCUGAUGAGCUACCGCAUCUCGCAUCACAGUACCAGCGAUGACAGCUCCGCAUAUCGCAGUGGCAAAGAGGUGGACGUUUGGAAGUCGACGCGUCACAACCCCAUCGCGCGCACGUCCCGCUGGCUCCAGAGCAAGGGUGUUUGGACUGAGGAGCAGGAUAGACAGGCUAGGGCGGAGAUCCGCAAGACCAUCAUUACGGAGCUGACAGAGGCGGAGAAAGUGAAGAAACCUGUGCUGAGAGGUGUCUUCUCUGACGUAUAUGCCGAACUAACCGAAGAAGCCGAGGCGCAGAGAGAGGAGCUGAAGAGAAUCAUGCUCAAGUAUCCGGAGGAGUAUGAUUGCGACCAGCACGAGGGAGGCAUCAGCGGCCUGUGA